ACUCUCAGACAGGACGAGCGAACCUGCGGCUGUGCCAGGUUGCGAUGUUGUCCGCGUGUUUCCCUGUCCUCAGUUGAGCGUCUCUGUCCCUAGCUCAGCCCACCGCCUCACACCUCGUCAGCGGCCUUUAGUGCUUAACCAGAAUUUUUAUAGCUUGAAGUUAAUUUCCAGCACACCUUUUGUAUUCUUCUUGUGGAACAUUAUUUUCCGUCAUUCAUACGGUGCAAUAAGUAGUGGACACAAUAGUGAAAAAAAAAAAAAGUUAUCAAGUGAAAGUCUUGUGGUGAUCUGCAGCAGUGCCUCGGAGUUCUCAAACCUCUCAAACUUAGCCUGAUGCUUUGGAUUAGCAUUCUGUCGUGAAUACCACAACACAUCUUUAAGGAAUGCAUGAAGUCAAGUUGCUGUUUAGUCCUGCCUCCAGUGGUUGUAGUAGAACUCAUUUCACCUAAUGUAAAAGUGAAAGUGAAAAUUUAUGGUAGCCAUGGGAGGGAAAAUAUGUCCUGGCGUGUCGCAGGGUAUCGUUCUCGGGUUUUUUUUCCUUGUUGCUCGCGGCCAAUGCGACUAUAUAGUUGGUGGAAAGUUGUCUUCUGGAAACACCAUCGGCGACACUAAUUACUUCCAUAUUCUGGUGGAGGAAGCCACCCAUUCUCGGGCACCCAGGCCUGGGGUGCCCUGGAUCUGGCCCGGAGGUGCAGAAAGCGAACACUUCGUCUCGAAUACAGGAGGAAGAGCCUGCUACGACCUGAGGAGAACGAACAUGAGAAUCGACAGUCGCUUUAUCAGGAGAGAGCUGAGGACACGAAACAGACGUGAAUGCGAGCUGGAGUGUGACCGCGAGUCGUACUGCAGGGGUUUCAACUACCGGUUCAAGACACAAGGGUUCAACCAGUACAGGAACAACUGCCAGCUGAGUUACCAGGACGGAAGCAGCGACUUCGACUUCCACAAUGACCUAGAUUUUGAUUUCUACGAAAAGGACUACAACUCUCAAAACUGCCAUACCUCUGAAUCCCUAACUGUUGAGGGGAUCCAAAAUCACUCCAGGGACCAAGGCGGUUAUCAUGGUGGUGGCUACGGAGGAGGGAACUAUGGCGGUGGUCGAGACGAGUGCUUCCGGCUGGUGGAGAAGCAGAGAGCUAUCAGUGAGAGAGAAGCAGCAGGAAGUCUGAUGGCGCGGGACAUCAGGGAGUGUGAAUUGGUCUGCGAGCAGUCGUGGCAAUUCAUUUGCAAAGUUUUCUCCUUCAGCUACUACUCAGCAUCCGGGCUGCGUCACAACUGCCUGCUGAGCGACAUGGAAUACCGCGACCUGCCCCUGUACAGCCUGGUCCAAGACAGAGAUUCGGAUCUUUACGAGCGACGCCUCUAUGACCGCGAGUGUGCCCUGGACAUCUCCGGAACUCAUUACCAACAAGGUGAGGGACAGUCGACUGUGUCUGGGCUACGUUGUUACAGGGAGUCCUGCCGACUGGACAGGCAUGGUGGCUACUACUUUUGCGAGACCGACCAUUCUGGGGCGUGGGAUUUCUGCUGCCGACCGCAUCAGAGAUGUGGUUAUUCUGAAGGAUAUCCUCAGGCCUGGUGUUACGUGGGGUCGGAGGGUCAUGACCAGUGGCGCCCCUGCAACGAGAACGCUGUUAGGGGUCGGGACUUCCUAAAGAACAGACCUGAUGAUGCCUCAAAUAAUUGGACCACAACCACCGAGACCUCACCUUCCACAGAAUAUCCACCCAGCACUGUGCACCCCUUGGAGCUGAUCGAUAUGUUCUAGUUUCAGAAUGUUUGAAAAGCUUUCUUGUCAAUAGUUGCCCUCGAUUUUUAUACAAUUCUUUCGGUGUCUGAAAGUAUUAUCAUCUUUUCCCUACAUAAUGCACAACAACGCUUGACAAGUUAAGUCAUACAAGACGUACCAGCACGUCACCGCGAGGCGCAACACCACUGAUGUCACGUGCGAGACCUGUGGUUCCCACAGUUCUCCCCUCCCCACCACCUUAGCCUCGUAACCUUGGUGCGCCCUGCAGCUAAACGCAAGAGCAAGCAACUCCAAAGUCAUUCUUACCCAAAAUAAGAACAAAAUGAUGAUAAAGGUUUUUCAGUGACUCGUGCAUUGUAUUUUGCGCUUUGAUUUGUAUUUUCUUUCAUUUACUUUAUUAGGCUGCAUUUUUUUCUUUUUUGAGAAAAAGGGAGUUAUUAUAAAUUAAUUUGAUCAACAUGAUUGAGGAUAUAGAAUGGAGAAGGAACCAUACAUACGAAAGAGAGAUUAUACUAAAAGAAGGGAUGGAACUCUAGGCCUGUAACAUUGACUUUUAUAUAUUUUUUUUUCAUUACACGCAUCAUUAUUCAUUACAAUAUAAUUAUCUGGACAAUGUUCACACACACACACACACACACACACACACACACACACACAAACACACACACACACACACACACUCACUCACUCAACUAGAACAAACCCAAUCUUUAAGCACCAUGCGAGUUCCAUCGGUUUCCUUGAUAGCAUAACGGUACAGCCACUCCGGCUCAGGUGUUGCCUGUGGUUCGAUGCCUUACGCCACCCACAACUUUCUUUUUCCAUUCACAGCAUUGUGAUUUCAACGAGGCAAUCUCGUAUCAUUAUCAAUAUAAGUAGGUUGCUUCAGAUCCAUUUUCAUCAGUAAAUAGGCACACCUUCCGGGAGAAAUCUCCGUAAAUUAGGUAUCAUUCUACAGUUUCCCCUUAAAUAAAUAACAAAUUAAUACAUUCAUAUAUAUAAUUUCACUGGAAAUGGUUUUGAGCUGCCAUUCUAAAAUCAUUCGUUCGGGGACCUUCAGUAAUCAUCCGCAAUACAAAUAGUUAAAAUCAUGCAAGCCGCCCUCCGAUGCCUUGGAGUAUCGGCCAAAGGGUUGCUGGUGGAGCUAGUGAAGCUUUAGGGAAAAUCCAGACUGCAAAACAACACCACUCUCAGUAAAGACAUGCUGAGGUGGACGGAAUUUGUGUCCCAGCGCUAUGCCUGGACCCAGUGACCUCCUUGUCGACGGUGGGUCAGAUGGCCAAGGUACUUAGCCCGUACAGUGCACUGAGCGUUGUCUCCCACUGCUCCGGGCACACCAGUAAGGAAUUAACACUGAAAACACGGACAUAUUUCCAGAGUUGAUGUCGGUCGGGUAUUCUCCCAGGAAGCGUGCCCCAGGAUAAGUAUGAGAGGCUGGGGCUUGCUCUCUCCGGGAAGAAAGUAAUAGGAGAAAGCGUAAAUACAACACAACCGGAAAUUCUUUUUAAGAGUUUCCCUUAGUGUUCAUGAGUUACUCAGCUGCGUGAGGGACGAGGCAAGUGAUUACUAACCCCCCUCCCGUCAGUGAAGUUUAUGUUCACGCCUACGUAAGCGCACACAUCAUCACGCCUCACUUACGGGCGUGUGCUCAAAACGCCACGCGACACGGACUGCUGCUCGCGCAAAAUAUAUGUACACCUGCAGCGCGCAGUAUGAUUACCAUGAUUCAACUGCAAAAGUGAGUCACACGCGCCAGUGAUAGAGACUUCAGCUUCCGCGAUUUUACCUUUUACCUCCAUUACACCGCCUAACAUUGGCACUUAGAAUUCCAGGACCAAGUAAACUUUAGCUAAAUAAUCAAUACAUACUAGUACAUAUAAUUGGUGGCAUUAUAUUUCACUAUUUUAAUGAAUGUUUCAGUCUUCCUGUAGCAGUUCAUAACAAUUCGUUUGUGUGAGAAACUGAAGGAGCCUGAAUCUAGGAGCGCGACGCAAACCAAGGGAAGGUUAACGAAGUCCGGUGCUCCCUGGUUGACGCGCCUUCAUGUACUGCCAAUAAAUUGACAUUUAACGUACAAGUAGCAAGCCAAAGGGCGUCCGAGCGGGGAGUGCGCUAAUAUUGUAUUCAUAUAUCUACAUUUCAAAGAUUCACGCGGAUUCCUCGAGGUCCUUGUUUUUAUACAAUAUUUAGCAUAAUCUCUCCUCUACAUGCACCUAAAAGCAGUUGAGUCACACGUGCCACUGUAAGUGUGUGUGUGUGUGGCACUACCGCUCCAAGGCUAGGUGUAACCGUGCUCCACAUCAGCAAGACCUUAAGUUAAGCAGGGAACAUGGCGCGCCGCGAGCCAUGAAUGCACACGAACUGAGCACAUAUGUAUGCGCUUCUCUCUUACAAAUUUCCUCAUGGUCAGUUUGAAGGAGAACGUCCUCGUCACCCUGGUAGGAAAGAACACUGCCUUCAAGUAUUCAAGACCACCAGGAAUAAGUGUCUCCUUCUGUUGACUCGUGUAAUGCUUAAGUAUUUAAUGCUGUACUCUUAGAAGAGGCUGAUCGCACGUAUAUUUUAAGUGAGAUUUUUCGUAAUUCAUAGACUUAUAGAACAUAGUAUUAAGGCCAGUGAUGUUUGUGGUAUAGAAUUUAUUUGAUACGAUAGAUAAAAUGUACUAAGGUAAACAUCUUUUUUAAUGCUUGUAAAACAUUUUAUAGAACAUCAUCCAUUAAAGUUAUUUGAAUAUUGCACUAA